AUGUGGGAUGUGAAGUUGGAGCCUGACGCCACCAGUUAUAAUGAGGGAAUGAGCGCAUGCAAUGCCGGCAGGCAGUGGCAAUUGGCUUUGGCAAUGUUCAGUGAGAUGUCGGAGGCAAGGGUGGAGCGUAAUGUCAAGAGCUAUAACAUUGGGAUUAGCGCGCACCAGCGAGGCAGGCGGUGGCAUCGGGCCAUGUCAUUGUUGGGCGAGGCAUGGGAGGCGAAGCUGGAGCCCGACGUCAUCAGCUACAAUACUGUGAUUAGCGCGCUGGAGAAAGGCAGGCAGUGGCAGCGGGCUUUAUUGAUGCUCAGCGAAAUGGCGGAGGCGAAGUUGGAGCCCAACGUCAAUAGCUACAACAUCGGGAUAGGCGCGCAUCAGAAAGGCAUGCGUUGGCAGCAGGCCAUGUCGCUGCUCAGCGAGGUGUGGGAAGUGACGCUGGAACCCGACGUCGUCAGCUUCAAUGCGGUGACCAGUGCACUCGAGAAGUGCAGGCAGUGGCAGCGGGCUUUGUUGAUGUUCGGCAAGAUGUGGGAGGCAAGGUUGAGGCCAACCAUCAUCUAUAUUUCAGCUACAACGCUGGGAUCAGCGCGUGCGAAAAAGGCGAGGAGUGGGAGCGUGCUCUGGCGCUGCUCAGGGAAAUGCAGGAGGUGA